AUGGCAACAAUAGUCAACGAGUUGAUAUCUAAAUAUCAAACUGAAUCAUUUCAUUUUAUUGCAGAGCAAUUUUUUUCAUAUUCUAUAAAUCAAAAUAAAGAUUGUAAAAAUGCAUUGAAUUAUGCAGCUCAAUGCAUUUUAAAUUGUAACUUUACAUGUGAAUGUCCACCGCUCACUGAAUACCAAAAAUAUCAUUCCGAACUCUUUGAAUACGAACAAGGAGAAGGGGUUUUCAAUUACAAUGUACCUUUUAAACUCGAAGAAGUGUUUCAUUUUCAUCAUGGUCUCAGAUAUUCCGAUCAAAAAAUCAAAAAAUACAUUUGGGAUAGAGAUAUAUUAGAUGUUGGAGGAUACUUUGGAGAUUCAGCAUGCAUAUUACAAGAAUACACCAAAAGACAUGUUUAUUCUUACGAAAUCAGCAAACAAGUUUUUGAAGAUAUGAAAGAAACAAUAUCGCUGAACAAUUUACAGAAUAAAGUUAUUCCCAUUAGAAAAGGAAUAUCAGAUACACCUUCUCUUGUCUUUAAUCACGAUUCAGGAGAUUUGGCCUGUUCAUUAGACAGCAAACGAGGAAAGAACGAAACAUUAGUCGAAACAUCAACUAUUGAUAGCGAAGUACGUGAUAGAAAUAUGAAAGUUGGCUUCAUAAAGGCAGAUGUAGAAGGAUUAGGUUACAAAGUACUUUUAGGGGCUAUUGAUACAAUCAAGAAGUACAGACCAGUAUUUGAAUUCGCUGUAUACCAUUCUUUCGACGAACUAGUUAUGAUUCCUGAAAUGUUGAGAAAUUUUCCAAAUUAUUUCUUCGAAUUUCACAGUGAAAACACUUAUGACAUAUCAAUGGGUGAGCUUGCGUUGUUUGCUUUCCCUGCUGAAAUACUUUAUGACAAUAUUGUUGAUCCGAACUAUACUUACGGUUCAUUUGUACCAAAAACACACGAUCCUAUCGGACUUUUUGAAUAA